AUGUUCACCUCUGUUCCGUGUCCGCUGGACUGGAUACCCCUUGCGUACCCCCGAGCGCGCGCCCCCCCCCUGCCCCCGAGCGUGCGCCCCCCCCCUGCCCCCGAGCGUGUGCCCCCCCCCUGCCCCCGAGCGUGCGCCCCCCCCCUGCCCCCGAGCGUGCGCCCCCCCCCUGCCCCCGAGCGUGCGCCCCCCCCCUGCCCCCGUGCGUGCGCCCCCCCCCUGCUCCCGAUGCUGUCGUCGCUUGAAAGAAAUGCUGACGUGGCGUCGCUGACUCAGCAGCAGACGACAUGCUCAUGCUACCGCGUGCGCAAUGAUUACUGCUGCUUCCAGUACAUGUGCAAAUGCUCUCCCAUGUGCUGGAACGGCUACGAGCUCAUCUCUCUGGGGCAGCCAAAGUGCGCGCCCGCCACGGAGCACGCGCCCCCACAUCCCGGCCAGCCCCCCGUGCUAACCCCGGUGGACUGCUCGCAGCAGCAGGAGUUCAACAACGCUCUCUAUAGCUUCUUCACAGAAACUUCCGGGGGGAGCCUGGGCGUGCGGAGUGCAGGGGAAGGGGGGGGCGGAGGCGGAGGUGGGGGAGGGUGGCUGGGGAGCAGGGACGGGGUGGACUGGCGGUUUGGGCAGACGAUGCUGCAGACGUUUAACAAGACGGAGACUAACAUUGCACACUAUGCUGAGAAAGUUCUCACGCUCCUCCUGGCAAACAACUUCACGGCACCUGCUGCACUGCAGUCGCCAGUCACUCGCUUCAUGCUGCCUCGGGAUGAGAUGUUUGUUGAACGGCUCAGAAAGAUGGGAGCAGACUCUCUGUUCGCGUUCCUAAUGCAGGCAAUGAUCGAAUUUGCCGUCACGCCCAUUCUCUCCUCCCGCAUCCACAACUCUCCACACCUCCUCGCGCACAGAACCUUAGGCGAUGCCCCCAUGGCGUUCGGCCUAGUUGAGUUUGAAUCCGCAUGGAACGCCGCGACCGAAUCCCGCCCCCUCUGCUUCGAAAGCCUCCUCCUCCCGGGAUUCUUCAAAGGGGUAGCGUUCCCGUCCCACCCCGACCAAGGCACCUACCUGGACCGGCACUUAAGAAUCAAGCUGGGUUUGGAGCCUCCAGAGAAAAUGGUGUGGGGGGCGGAUGGCGUGAAGGGGUGGCGGCCGCGGGUGCUGUAUAUCACUCGGCUGGGGGCGGAGUUGAAGGGGCGGCGCACCUUUGUGCCGGAGAGUCAUGAGGCGCUGCUGAAGCUGAUGAGCGACUUGGACCUUGAGGUGACAAUGGCCGAGUUGGGUCAUCUGACGUUCCGCCAGCAAUUCGAGGCACUUCAAUCAGCCGACAUAAUCAUCUCCAUCCACAGCGCAUCCUUCAUGAACGUUCCCCUCCUCGCGCGCCGCUCCACUGUAGUGAUCGAGAUCAUGCCUUACAGGGUCGUGCACGACUUGUACUAUUCGCUGACUCUCAACUCCGGCAUGCCGUAUUUUCUCAAGAUGUGCCGAAAGGGGGAGGAGCAGGAGGGGGAUGCUGCUUUCAAAGAGUUGAACGGCUUCGAUUGCAUGCGCAAGCAUGCAGCAUGCAAGGCGCACCAUGUGCACUUUCGGAGCGUGGAGCUCACGAGCGGGGAUUUGCAGGAUUUGAGAACGAUGCUGAUGGUUGCAAAGGGGUUGGCCGGAGCGAGUUUGGGGGCUUUCGGGAAGGAAGUGGAGCCUGAUGAGCUGCCCGCGUGGGCAGAAGAAAAGUUCAAGGACGUGUGUGUUUCCCGAGAUGUGGAGCUGUUUGGAUCGAGGAGUGAUUUUCUACGGCUGCCCAAGCGUGGGAAGCCGGAAGAGGAUUUCAUUUGUGUGUUUUCGAGGGAUGAUCGUGAUGAUGCAUGA